AUGGGAGACAUAGCUCCGGCGCCAGAGCCCCGAACCUUGAUAGAAGGUAGCGGCAGUGGUUCUGAGUCUACCCACCAGCAACCGCAAGAAGAAUCGGCCUCCACGAGCCAGCCAGCUGUCACUUCCUCUACUUUGCCCCUAAACCCGCGCAAGGCCCUUCCUCUGGCCGUCCUUGGCUCCCCCUCUGGCGAAGAAGGAAACUGCUACUGCAAAAUCCUGGUAACAAACCAACUGGCAGGGAUAAUCAUUGGACAGGCAGGCCAUGAAAUUCGCACCCUGAAGAACAUCACUGGCGCUAAAAUUGUUCUUUCACCACACGGCAUGUACUUCCCGGGAACGACGGAGCGCAUUGCAGCAGUAGAGGGGCCAGAGCAGGCAGUCUUUCACGUCUUAGAUUGGAUCCUGGAGAAGAUGGCUGCAGUGGAAGCCCUCUCUGUUUUCCCCGACACUGCAGCCUCGCAACCCACUGUACCCCCCCCGCUCCCCUACGCACACAAUAGCCACCUGCAGCAGCAGCAGCAGCCGCAGCUGCUGCCGCUCUGGGCUCCACGCUCAUCCUCAGUGCGCAUCUGCGUUCCGCGAGCAGUAGUGGGCUCCCUGAUCGGCAAGAACGGCGGCUACAUUCAGUCUCUGCGAGUGGCUACGGGGGCGUCCAUCAACAUUUCUCCCCUCUUCGUAACUGCGGAGGAGGCGUGCGCCGAGAGAAUCGUCUCAGUCGAGUCUAGGAGGCGUCCAAGUCUCAAGACAGCAGCCUUCACGCUCAUCAGGAAGAUCAACGAGCACCCCGAGCGUUCCUCGUGCAGACACGUUUGCUACUUCAGGAAGCAUUCCUUUGACUCCCCCCUUGCGGAGCCGCUUGCGGCUUCAGCUGCCGCAGCGGCAAGCGGCGCAGCCAAACCCUUGAGCGACUUCAAGUUCGUGCGCCAGCAGCAUCAGCACGACGAACAGCUCCAGCAGCUGCAGCGGCAACUCGAACAACACCAAUCAGAAGCCAGCCGCAGAAGAACUGUCUCGCUGGUCAUGGGUUCUGCCAGGCCGUCUGCGCUCUUGAACAUGAAGGAUUUAGUCGUUCUCGACGGCACCAACAACUGCGGCAACAGCUCAGCUCAAAGUAGUAGUGGCAUUGGAACGGCUUCAGGAGCGGAAGAGCACUUCGCUUCCGCCUUCAAACGCUUCUGCGAGGCGAGAGCUGCAACAACAAAGCCAGAAGAGGCCUGCGCACCAGCUGUACGGACAGCAGCGAGACUUGUUCAAAUGCCGUCGGCGCCUGGUUCAGCUUCCGCACCUGGCCAGAAAGCCUCCACCCAUCUCGGCAGCGCACUGCGCACAGUGACUGUUCAAGUGACAGCAGCAACUGCGGAAGCUGCAGAAGCUGCUGCAGCGGCUGCGGGCAAGGGGGGGGGUUCUCCGUGGGAUCUUUCAAGGUGCAGCACUGCCAUUGGCAGCUCGGACCGGCUUCCCCCCAUCACAGAAGACAUCAGCACCGGCACCACCCCAGUAACCAAUGGAAAGGACCCUACCCAGCAUCAGGAGCUACAGCAGCCGCGACAGCAGCACCACCAGCCCAGCUUUGCCAUCCUAUUCCUUAUCGCAGCACUGCUGGCAGCUAUUCUGCGUGUCGUUUUUCGUUCCUGA